AAGUCGAUUACACUGUCUGUGUCGGUGUAUUUGCAGAGGAAAAGUGCAGAUCCCAACGACUGGUCUAUUAGUGGCGCAGUGAGUGGAAGUGAGGGCAGAGCGUUGGAUUGUGGGUAUCUGGUGUUUCCUGAUAGAUUCUGACAGUUAGUCAGCUGUUGUGGUAAAGUUUUGAACAAGUGUGGGGAGCUUUCUGUCGAGUGUUUUUUUACACCUUCUCUGACAUAUUCCGAAACUGGAACUAAAUUUCUUACGUGCCGUCUAUCACCGAGCUGCAGCCCGUAAAACUGUAAUUAACAGAAGUUCUUGCUAACGGGGGGACAAGUUUCGGAAUGAGUCUGAACGAGCAUUCCCUGCAGGCUCUGUCCUGGAGAAAACUCUACUUGAGUCGAGCCAAACUCAAAGCCACCAGCCGCACUUCUGCUUUGCUGUCCGGCUUCGCUAUGGUUGCCAUGGUGGAGGUGCAGCUGGAGCGGGAUCACAAGUAUCCUCCGGGGCUGCUGAUAGCCUUCAGUGCUUGUACCACAGUCCUGGUUGCAGUGCACCUCUUUGCUCUCAUGAUCAGCACCUGCAUCCUCCCUAAUCUGGAGGCCGUCAGCAACGUUCACAACCUCAACUCUGUCAACGAGUCUCCCCAUGAGCGCAUGCACCGCCACAUAGAACUGGCCUGGGCUUUCUCCACCGUCAUUGGCACCCUCCUCUUUCUGACUGAGGUGAUGCUCUUGUGUUGGGUGAAGUUCUUACCCCUCAAAAGCACCACGGAAGAUGGCAGUAUAAGUCCUGGCGAGGCUGCAGCCAUAGCAUCCACGUGCAUCAUGGUGCCAUUUGGAAUAGUCUUUAUCGUGUUUGCCGUCCACUUUUACCGCACGCUCGUCAGUCAUAAAACGGACCGGCAGAUCAGAGAGCUGGAGCAGGUCAUUCGGCUCCAGAACCAGCUAGACCACCGGGCAGAGAAUGACGACCUAAAGGCCGCCGUCCACUUUCCCUGAUUAUAUCCAGCAGCAGAGACAUUCAGCACUGCUUUCAAUAGGAAAUCUUAUAUAAAAGCUUUAUUUUUUAUGUCUAUGAAAUGUGCUUAGAUGCUUUACUUUUGGAAUUGCAAGCUUUGUGUGUCGAGUGUUGCACGUUACCGAGUCCACUUUUAGAUAAUACACGUUGUCAAACUUCUACACAUUAUCAGGGUUCUCGCCAGGAUUUUUUUUCAGCAUAACGGCAGGUCCUCCUGCGCGCACGCGCGCAAUAGAUGAGAACGCGUGCGCGCAAUAGAUGGGAACGGGUCAAUCGACAGGAAAGUACGGCUGAGGUGGGGAGACAUAAAUUAACCUAGAUAGGCACCCAGUUGAAAAAAACAAACGCACAUUAUCUGUCAAAAUAACAGCGCAGCGGCCCUAAUCACAGUGUUAACCCUUCCUGUUCAGCCCUCGACCGUGGUCAGGAAGCCCGGGGUUAACCCCCUUCACUUCUCUCUCACUCGCUCUCCCCCUCCCUCCCACACACACACGCUGCUCUCUCUCCCACUCUUAUGACGGAGCCACACACUCAUAACAACAGCGUAAUCUUUGAAAUGCGCUGGCGUAGCGGCCCUAAUCACAGCGUAAUCUUUUAAACUGAGCGUAACGGGCCGUUAAGACUGCGUAACGGCCCAUUAGACAGUGUAACGGGCCGUUAUGACAGCGUAACCCUGAUUAUAUAUUAGUUUUUCCUUCAGGCAAAAAGAUGUGCUGCCGGCUCCAUUUUUUUGUGACCUGGAAAAGAACAUAUCUUCAUCAUAACUUAAUGUAUUCUAGGGUUGAAAUUUCAAGGUUACUUCACAUGGGCUCUUGUGGAUACUUUGAUUAUCCAUUUUGGAAGGCAAAUACUGGUUUUAGAGACAAAUCUACUACAUAGGAGAGAAUAAUAAGUUGCUGUUCAGCUGUAAAUGACAGCAAAAAGUAAUACGAAGCAUGUCUUGUAAAAUUGUCCAUAAGAGGAGGAUGUGGACAGAACUUCAUUUUUUUCUGUGGUAAAGCUUACCACUUGUUCUGUCUUUCUGCAGUGUUCCAUGUAUAGUAAACUGUUUACACUUUCUUCUGUGCUGCUGGUAGAGGAAUAUUUUAUUGUAUGGCCCUACAGUAGCAUUCACCUUAGCUUUUUAAUAUUUUAUUUGAAUUUUUCUCAUUUGCCUGGUGCUAAAUUAGGCUUGGUUUGAAGGUCACCAGGCCUUAGUGCUUGCUCAUGUGUAUUUUUUGUUUAAACAUAGUUACUGAUUGGUUUAAGUUGUGCCAUAUAUGCCAAAGAUCUUUUGAACGCCAAGAAUUAGUAUGCAUAGGAAAAAUUUUGAAAUCUUAAAUCAGUAUUUGUGUGCAAUCUGAGGCAACAGCACUUUAAAUUAAAUGCUGGACAGGAGUGCUUUAAAUCAAAGUGUGUUAAUGUAGUACACGUUUCAAUAGGGAAGGUUUGCUGGGAAUCCAAAUGUGAGUAGUUAAGGUGGCAUGUUGAGUCUGUGUCUGUCUUCAAGACUCAUUUUUCCUCCUUGAAAGGAGUCUUACAUGAAUCCCACAUAGUUAAUUUGAAAAUGUGUUUUCAAUUUCACCUCAUGUUUGAAGUUAAAAAAUACUGUAAACCCUCUAAAAUGGUUACUAAUUUCCAAAAAAAGUGCUGACUGUACUGUUACAAUGCAUGAACACAUUGGAAAUGUGUGUAAGUUUGUGUGUUUUGUACUUUUCAUAGUUUACAAGCUCAAGCAUGUUCACACAUUAGGUUACAGAUUUUUAAAGUGUGGAUAUGGGUUGUGUGUUCAUUGUCCUGCGGCACAUUGCUGAAUAAUUUUACUUGGGUUUUGUCAUUUUCUUUGACUUUACUGUAACAUUGGUACAUAAUAGUAUCAUUACAACAGGAUGCAUUACAUCCCUGAAUUUGGUCCCUAAAAUGCUCUUUCAUAACAUGAACAUGCAUUUUUUUUGAGAAUAUAUACAUGUUUGAUAUCAACUUUUGGUCAAUAUUUGACAUUUUUAUCAAGUGACUUUGAAUUAACUGAAUGCUUAUUACCUCCGCCAGGAGGUUAUGUAAUCACCGGAGUUUGUUUGUCUGUCCGUCUGUGUGUGUGUGUGUGUCUGUUUGUCUGUUAACAGCAUAACUCAAAAAGUCAAGGACGGAUUUUCACCAAAUUAUUACAGGAUGUCUGGAAGAGCAAGAAUAAGAAUCGAUUAGAUUUUGGAGGUGAUCCGGAUCACCGUCUGGAUCCAGGAAUUUUUUGAAGGACAAUUGAGAGAUGGCUGCCAGGCUGAUUUUGAGUUAUGCUGUUAACAGACAAACAGACACACACACACACCCACACAUGUUUGUUUUUCUAUACCGGUGGGGACUUACCAUUGACUCCCAUUCAUAUCUAACUCCUAACCCUUACCCUAACCCUAACCUUAACCAUCACCAAAUCAAUGCCUAACCCUAAACAAACGUUUUUGCACUUUUACAUUUUUUAUUAAUAACAAUAUGGCCAAGAAAACGGUGUUGCCACCCGUGGGGACCUCAUUUUAGGUCCCCACCGUAAGACAAGUCCCCACCUUUAUAGCAAAUAGUCAGGUCAAAGUCCCCACCGGAAUAGCAGAAACAAGUACACACACACACACACACACACACAAUCAAACAGACACACGGCAUGGUGGAGGUAUGCGCUCUCCGAGUGCUUUUCUAGUUUCAAAGUGUUACUCUGUCAUUAUUGCAGCGUCAAUUAAAUGAAAGUAGGUUAAUUGAGGUAAACUAUGCACGCGCUGAGACGACUCUGAUGGGAAAUACCACGUGGCUUUUUUACAAAACAGUGCCAGUGAAGGCAUGUUACUUUGAUUUAUUGUUGUGGUUUAUUUAUUUAACCAAGUAAAUGUUACUGUAUACAGAGAGGUUGUAAUGCUUUUGUCUAUGCACAGCUUUACGUGAAUUUUCAGUAAAUACUGUAAGUUUUGCUUAUGUGUGUUGUUAGUGACUCACGAAAAACAGUCAAGAAUUUUUUGUUGCCAGUUUGAGAAUAAAAAAAAAAUGUCAUGA